AUGGAGGAUGAACAGAAUGCCGCUUUCCACCUCGGGGGUCUGGCACUAGGUAACGUUCUCCGCGACCUCGGCAUUGAUGAGCAGCACCAGUCCGAUCUCGAGCGUCUCGGUAUCGCAUCCGGCAGUGGGAGGAUCAAGCAGGAGGAUAUCUACAACGACCGGUUUGCAGAUGACGAUGACGAUCUCGGCGAUGCAUACCGCCGCAACGGCUCUUCCACCAAGGAUUGGGAGACCGAGGUCGACGACGAAAUGAGGAGGGAGCUCGCAGGUGAACGUGACUCGGAAGAGCGAGCCGAGCUGGACCGAUACUAUCGCCAGGGCUUGGCACAGCUCGAGCAGCCCAGAGCACCGCUCCGAGGAGAGGACGACGACUUCGAUGAAGAUGACAGCGACGGCGAGGAUCUGCCGCUCUCUCGGCAACCACCGGCACAAACUCAGGUGAAUGGUCAUUCUACGCAGACCAAUGGCCAUGCUCGAUACGGCGACGGCUUCAUCAGGGUCAAGGAGGAACGCGACGACGAUAGCGACAUGGCUUUCCUGUCCGCACCCGUACCAUCAUCCUCCGCCGCUACGCCGUCCGCAUCCACACCUUUGGUUCUGCCAUCAUCUCGCAGUCCGAGGCAGGGCUCGCCGCAGACCCCCCCUCCUUCGCAGCCUCUUCUCCAUCAACCCUACGGGUCAAUCGCACCGCCUCCUCGCCCCUAUGUCGACAUGGACGAAGUCCGUCACCAUUUUCCCGACUUUGAGCCUGGCAAGAUUCUCAACUUUACCGACCUUUUCGCCACACGUCCGCCAAAGAAGCGCAAGCUGGGCUCCACGGCAGCCAAGUUUCACAUCACGCCCGAAGACGAGCUGCCGAUACCGAAGUCGACCCGAGAAGAGCUGCUCCAAUCUUCCAUUUUACGACCGCACCAUGCCUCUAUCCUACCGACACUCACUCGUCAACUCGACGGAUCUGACGCAGCUACUGGUCAGACAGAUUCUGCGGCAGACGAGGUCGAUCUUGCCGUCAUCUCAACGCCAGGUGUCAAGGCAGAGAAACGUAACGCCGCCUUGGCGCCCGUCGAGCUCGACGAUUGGGAAGAUCGCAUCGUGUGGGAAGUCUUGCAGAAUCAGUCUACUGCUCUAACACCGAUGCAGGUCGACAGGACGGACAGCAAGAUGGGCAUGGACACGCAGCCUUCCGCGGCAUACGCGCCUCCCGUCAUCGACAAGCCCUUCAAUCACGACCUCUUCCGCGGCACAUGGACUCGUAGCAUCAUCUGGGAUGCCAGAACUCCCUUUGAGCCUUUCGACAAACUCGUGCUCGACAUGAAUGACCCGCAAAUGAUGCUCGAAGAGGAUCUGGGACCCAAGACAAAGCAAAACUCCCUGUUGCGCUCCGAUGCACCCGUCGUAUCAGCAGCUGCCCAACGCGAUCUCGCGCGCCGUCAAGCCGAGCUCGACCCUUUCAACUUGUCCAACGACAAGUUCUACGAACAAACGCGCGAGCAUCGCCAACGUGUACGUCAGACGCUCGGAAAGCUUGUGGUCCAGCACGCUUGGCCCGCCAUCAAGCUUCAGCUCCCUUGGUACAAGACCAAGCUCACCAAAGCUGAAGCGAGAUCCUUCCACCGCCCCGCCAUGCAAUUCCCGACCAAUAUGCCUCUGCACUUCUCAAGGACCAUUUCGUCCAAGAAGAAGAAGGAAGGCGCUGGCGCACGCAAAGCCAAGGAUCCAAACGAGAUGCUUCGCACCACGCGCGAUCUUACGCUCAAGGAUACCGGCCCCUAUGUGCUGUAUGAAUACUCGGAAGAAUACCCCCCUCUGCUGUCCAAGAUUGGUAUGGGUAGUCUGCUGGUCAACUACUACCGAAAGAAGGACGCAAAGGAUGAGCAUGUGCCCAAGAUGGACAUUGGCGAGCCCUAUCUACUCGACGUAGCCGACGAAUCCCCCUUUAUGAAAUUUGGCAACAUCGAGCGAGGCCAGGUGCAGCCCACUUUGUACAACAACAUGAUGCGAGCACCGCUCUUCCGCCACAAGCCGGCUCAUACCGAUUUCCUCCUCAUCCGCAGUACGACAAAGAACGAGAUUCGUUACUAUCUGCGAGAGAUUCGCAAUCUCUUUGUUGUUGGACAAACGUAUCCUGUUCAGCCCAUCCCCGGUCCUCACGCACGUCUCAUCACCAACAACAUCAAAUACCGUCUGCAGAUGAUCGCCUACAAGCUCAUCCAGAAGAGUCAGCGUCAGCGUAUCAAGAUUCAUCGCCUCAUGCGCUAUUUCCCUGACCAGAAUGAGCUGCAGAUGCGACAGAGGCUCAAGGAGUUCAUGGAGUACAACCGUAAGGCAGGCGACGUCAAUCAGGGUUUCUGGAAGCUCAAGCCGCACAUCGUCGUGCCGGAGGAAGCCGAGUUGCAGAAGAUGCUCCCGCCCGAAAACAUCUGUCUCGCGGAAAGCAUGCAAGUCGGUCAGCGACACUUGUUGGACUGCGGUUAUACUAAUACUGCCGAGGGAGACGACGACGACGAGAGCAAGAUGGACAUUGAACAGCUGCUUGCGCCCUGGAUCACCAGCAAGAACUUUAUCAACGCGACGCAGGGCAAGGCCAUGCUCAAGCUGCACGGUGAUGGUGAUCCUACUGGCCGUGGCGAGGCCUUCAGUUUCAUCCGCGUCUCGAUGAAAGAAAUCUUCUUGCGGGCGGAUGAAGACGCCGAGGAGAGGCUCGCACAGGCCGAGGCCGAGGCGAAGAGCAAGUCGGGCCACAAGUACAGUGUUGCCGAACAGCAGGCAGUUUACCGAUCCGAGAUUGAUAGGAUCUGGAAUGCGCAGUGUCGCUCGCUCUCCAACCCGGUGCCUCCCAAGGUGACGGCUGAGGACGAACGACGGGCGCUUCUGCAGGCCAACAGCGGCAGGCCAGAAGUACGCAAUGGUGGCAGGGCCGAGUCGGUCCGUCGAGAACGAAGUCCCAGCGCCAUGAGCACUGUCAACGGCGAUGGUGGGGACAAAUCGACCAAAGUGUUGCGUAUCCGUCGCUUCAUCAACGGCAAGUGGCAGCGCGAGAUGGUACGCGAUCCAGCCGUCAUCAACGCUUACCUCACGCAACGCAAGAAGAUCGAAGACGAGGCCAUCGCCACCGAAGAUCUGCUUCCCACUGGUGAUGCAGCCAUCGACAUGGCCCGCAUGAAACGUUUGCAGGAAGAGCUGGCACAGCGCAAAAAGAACCAAGAGCGACGGAUCCAGCGCAAGAAUGCCAAGGCGGCAGCAGAAGGCCUGGCGAUUCCCGGUGGCUACAAGAGCUUGCUCAACAAGACUGACACUAAGCGACGCUGCGGUCGCUGCGGCGAGGUGGGCCACAUGUCGACCAACACGUCUUGCCCCAUGUUCCCCAAGGAUGGAGGCAAGAACGGCGCCGGUGGAGCGGCGGGUGGAAGCGGAGGACCGGGUACGCCGGGUACGCCGGCGGGCGGAGCGAGGCCGGGGAUGCCUCAUUUGGCGAGUGGUGGAGGCUUCUUUGGUCCUGGUAUGGGUAUGGGCAUCGGCAUUUCGAGUGCGGGACCGAUGACGCCUAUGACUCCGUCAGCUCAGACGCCGGCAGACUCGCCGGCGCUGCAGCAGAGCCCCGCUGCUGGAAGCGGUACGCCGACGCCGGGGCUCAAGUUGAAGCUCAAGAAGAAGGCUUGA